AUUUUAUCCGAUCAAUACCUAAAUUGAUCGGAUAUUAUAAACAAAUAUUGCCGAAGAGUAGCGGAGAUAGACGAUCCCGCAGGAACCGUUGAGCAUGCGUGAUAAUUCAUAUUGUUAUUCAAAUGUCGUACGACACUCGAUUUAGGACGGCUGCAGCGUUGUCACGACGUAAAUUUCUCAUUUUCCUGAAAAGUUACCGGAGGAAUCGUUAUACAAUGAGUGAUAUACGUCAUGUAUUAGAAGAACUUCAUGUAGAAGAGGAAGUUAUCACUUUGCUAAUAAAUGAAAAUAUUACAGUGGAAGAUUUAAAAACUUUGAAAAAGUGUGAGCUUGAUGAUUUAAUUACAAAAUAUGGCCCAAGGAGGAGGUUUGGUAGAGCUUUGGUAAAAUGGAUGUCAUCGCAUAGCUUUUUGAUAGAUCCCGGACUGCUAAUGGCAUAUGGUAAUGUACAAUAUACAUACAUCGAGAACAUAGACAUCAGCAAGCAAUCUCCUUCAGUGAAUUGUUCAUACGAUAACGAUCCAUUUGUCCAUUUUCCCCAAUUAAAUUCAUCCAAAACUGAUUCUACAAGUAACAGCGAUAGUAAUCUUUCACAGAAUUCAUUAAACCCUCCGCAUUUUUGCGAUUCUGUAAGCGCUGAGAAAAUCACAGCAAAAAGUAACAAGUUUGAAGAUACCUUAGAUGUACAGCUAGUGGAAAAUCCUCUUGUUACAUUUUCUACACAUGUUGAAGAACAUUUUGAAGGAACAACUGCACAGUCCGAUGAGCUGAAAGAUUUUGACGAUAUUACAGUUGUCUCUAUUCCUGAAUCAGAUGAAAAUGGUACUCAACAGCAAUCACCAACUCUAGAUUUUAAUAUCGCAGAAUCUGAAGUUAGAAAUCCACUGUUUACCCUUCUACACAAUAGCGGAUCCCAUUUACGAAAACUCAUUCACAAUAUCCAUCGUAAUGAUUUGGUACCAGUGCGGCCUGACAUAAAUUUGAUAGGAAAAGUUAUUGCUAAUCAUCUGCUCGAUUUAGCUACUCCUCCGCAACGAAAAGUACCUACAUCUACCCUUAUAACAUGGACGAAAUAUUUUAAAGAUCGAUUUCCAAAGACACCGACAUCCGCUUUCUAUGCCUUUAAAUACGAGCCGUACAAACGUAAAGAUGGUAUCUUACUUCAGAGAAAAAGAGCAGAAGGUGUGCUACAGGUUCAACUCUUUCAAGAAAGGAGAAAACUUAUCAAAGAAAACCGAGAUAUUUUGUUGAGACACCCAAAUAUAGUUUCAACUGACAAGAACAGAGAUCCGUGUUCUUCAAAUGACAUAUAUAAUAUUACAACAACCUGGAGGUCUGUCAGUCAAUCAGAAGGAGAAAUUCAAUCUAGCAUUGAAAUUCCAAGAAAAGUAUCUGUUAUAGAAGCUGAUCCAACAAUAGAGACUCAUCUUUUGUAUUUGCGGCAGCAAUUGCACUAUAAAUUGACUCCACAGCUAGCAGCCUCUUGGGAAGCAACUUUUCAGUACAGGCGGAAACAACUAACAGAUCAACCAGGAACAGUAUGGGAUUAUUUAAACGAAUAUAAGUUUUUGCAAAUUGAAGAAAUCGGUAAAGCCUUAAUUGAACAGGAUUUCGACAAACUUUAUCCCGACCUAGACCCUAUAACGAAAUACUCGGGGAAUCUAGCCAAAAAUUGUGAGAAUCACAGACACGCCAUUAUCGCAGCAGCCUUAGUAGUUCUAAAAAAAACAAGCCAACAGAAGCAUAAGGAUAUAGCUACUUCGUUCUUUGAGUUGGCUAAACAAGAUUCCAAUGUUACGCUUAGAGUGACUGGAGCUCUCCUUUUACUUCCUUUUAUAUUUCCUUAUGUUCAUGUGCACAAGACGUGGAAACCAACGAGAGUGGACAUUGUAGAGUCUUUUAUCGCGAGAGUCUAUAGUGAAACGGAAGUUGAAGAACACAUUGAACGCCGACGUAAGUCGCGGAUAGAAAUAGCAAAGUCAGCAAAAAUAUGUACAUCUCUUCAACCUUAUGUUUUGGCCAUAGGUCCUACCUGGGAUAAUAUCAGUCACAGUCACAUAAUUGUAGAUAAAGUUUUAUAUACAUGCAAAAACAUUAUAGAGGCUGCGGAACUUUGUUUUAAAUUGUUUCAUGUUUUCCACUCUGAUUAUCCUCCUGAAAGUAAGCACGUAUGGCAAUUUAUACAACAAGGUUUUUAUAAAUUAUUUAUUAAGGAUCAUGAUAUCAAUCGACGAACGAUUAUGAAAGCUUUGGCUGAUAUUGGUAUUUAUAUAGAGGAAAAAGAAGUUACACCGUUGAGAAAAAAAACAAAAAAAUUAUAAUUUUAAUAUUAUUUUUCUAAGACGUUCCAUU